AUGCACAGAAUCCGGACCUGGGCUAGGACAAAAGCUCAUGGCCCAACGCCUCUGGUUCGCACUAGGUCUGAUACUGCGCCAAUAUUCAGAGCAAGUCAAAGCCGCCGUGGCACGAUUUCGACAGCCGAGACUGGCCGCCAUGGUUCAGUAGUUGCUGGGGAGCUACAAGCGAAGAAGCCCUCGGCACUGGCGCGCUUCUACAACUGCGCCAACGGGAUUCUUUUCUCGCGCUUCUUGAACAUAGGCCUGGUCUUUGUACCAGUAGCAUUCGCCGUCCACUUCACGUCCAUGCCGGCUGGCGUGGUAUUCGGCAUAAACGCCGUGGCAAUUAUUCCUCUGGCCGGGCUCCUCAGCCACGCAACGGAAAGCGUAGCCAGUCGUUGUGGUGACACGGUUGCUGCCUUGAUGAACGUCACCUUUGGAAACGCUGUCGAGCUAAUCAUUUUCAUCAUUGCGCUUGUGAAGAAUGAAAUCCGGAUCGUCCAGGCCUCUCUCGUUGGAUCAAUUUUGGUUGAUCUCCUGUUGAUCCUGGGAAUGUGCUUCAUUUGGGGCGGUUUGCGAUUUCGCGAGCAGAUCUACAACAGCACCGUAACCCAGAUGAGCGCUUGUUUGCUCACGCUGAGUGUGCUGAGCUUGAUGCUCCCAACCGCGUUCCACGCCACGUUCAAAAACGAGAAGGAGGCGGAUACCAAGGUUCUACCGCUCAGCCGGGGAACCAGUGUCAUCCUGCUCCUGAUUUACCUCCUUUACCUCAUCUUCCAGCUACAGUCGCACUCCUACUUGUACGCACCAACGCCAAGACACUUGAUUGAACAAGCAGCGGCACCCGGCCCCGCAGCUCAUUACUUCAGCUCUAGACGUAACUCGUCUUCAUCUCCACCUAGGACUCCUGAUGAGAACUCACUACAAGCGCCCCAAGCCAUAUCGAACGAAGAGGGUGGCACAGCUGGAACACAGGAGAACAGCAGGGGUACAACCAUAACAGAGCACAACGCCGCUGAAAGGACGGAAGCUGUCACAGAUGACACGCUACACCAGACGCAGGAACUAAUCCUUGCUAACCAGCCUGAUACUGACACGUUCGCUGUCGAUGACGCAAGAGGCCCAGGCCAGCAGGGCGAAACAAAAGACGUUGAGCCGUCGCAAGGCCGAGACCAAAAUUCUGGAACCAACGAACAUCAUGUCGGUCUUGGCCUGGCCCGUGAUUUGGAGGCACAGUGGGACAUGGCCUCUCGCGCUGCGCCGUUUCUACUCAGAUCGCUCCGGCCCAUUUCAAUUGCUGUUGCCUCCAUGCUGGAGAACUCCAACGAAGCGGAGCAACCGGAGCAUGGUGCACAAGCACAGUCACUGCGGCGUGUCCAGUCUAUGCCGACUGGGACACAGAGGGCUGCGAUCAAUCGACAGGCACCCGGCGAAUUACCGGUAGUAGUCCCCAUUGUGGUUGACAGCACACCGGCUUCGCCUCGCAACAGUGAAGAAAAGCCAGCGGCCCAGGAGACAACAGAGGUCGAAGCCAUGCCACAGAAAGCCGCCGUGAUCCUUCUUCUGGCCUCGACCGGCUUGGUCGCCGUUUGUGCCGAGUUCAUGGUGGACUCCAUCGAUGCAAUCGUCGCCCGGGAUGCCAACGCAACUACAGGCAUCUCCGAAGCCUUCAUCGGUCUAGUGCUCAUCCCAAUUGUAGGCAAUGCAGCUGAACACAUCACAUCUGUGAGCGUGGCACUCAAGAACAAGAUGGACUUGGCACUGGGCGUGGCACUGGGCAGCAGUAUCCAGAUUGCGCUGUUUGUGACGCCGGUAGUGGUUAUCUUGGGCUGGAUCAUGGAUCGAGACAUGUCUCUCUACUUUACCCUCUUCGAGACUGUCUGCAUGUUCGUUAGUACCUUCAUCGUGAAUUUUCUCGUUAGAGAUGGGAGGAGUAACUACCUCGAGGGAGCCCUUUUGGCAUCUGCCUACCUCAUUAUCGCCGUGGCAGCGUUUUACUUGCCAAAUCCAAGGUUGGCUAGCUCUGUUGGGUAAGGGUGAAGACAGGAUAUAGGAUGGGAAGUCGGAGUGUGUAGGCUAGAUUAGAAUGACAGAUGAACGGUUAUGGUUGAGGCUCAGACCGAAGGAAUAGCUUGUUUUGACCAAGAAGGUUUAGGCAUUUGCCAACAGCCAUAUCAGUAAAUGUCGUAGCAGAGGCUGCACCAGAUGCAGUAUCAAAGCCAGUACCAGAGCCAGUGCCAGCCGUGAUUGUACCCGACUUGGGACCAGCAGCAGCCGCAAUACUUUGCGAGUGGCAUUUGGGAAGCAUUGAUGACGACAAGUGGGAGUUGAGUGUUGGGAUGUUUGGAGAUGGGAUGAGGACAUAGGAUGAUG